AUGGAGGCUGUGUGGAUCAGAAUAUUAGAUGUGUUCAAAUGUAUCAAUACGAUUGAUGGUGAAUAUCUGGUAAUUGACGACGAUAAAAUCUGCAAAACCCUACAAGAAGCCCACCCAAAAAGACCACGAGGAGCGAGCAAUAAACAGCAGCACCUGGAAGAGACUGAUAUGUUUCCGGCUAAGAGGAGUCAAGUCAAAUACUCUCGCAUCGGUACCAUGCGCCAGACUGUGGUGAAUGAAGAAGCCAAGGCGGAUUCGGAAGUCGACUUUAUUGUAAGAGCCGUGCGAGCUGCGCUGCAGGAGAAAAAGUACAAGACGAAAGGGAACAUGAAUCCGUUGGUGGAUGAAAUCUUCAGCCUCGACUGA